AUGGACUGGGACUGUGUCUGUGUGUGUGUCUGUGUGUGUCCCAGGGUUCUGUUGGAGCUUAACCCUCCAGCGGGGGAGAAGGCAUUGAUACAGUAUGCAGCCUGGGGACUGCAGGGGAACCAGCUGGCCUUUGUGUUUGAAGGCGAUAUCUACUACCAGACAGAAGUGACCAGUAAACCUCUCCGCCUCACAGCUACAGGCAGAGAGGGGCUGGUGGUCAACGGGCUGAGUGACUGGAUUUACGAGGAGGAAGUGCUCUUGACUUACCCUGCCAACUGGUGGUCGAAAGAUGGAGCUCGCUUGGCAUACCUCACCAUCAACAACUCUGCCACACCGCUAAUGGAGAUACCUCACUUCUUGGGUGGGGUCUAUCCCUCCAAUGUGUUCUUUCCUUACCCCAAGGCUGGCUCCACCAUCCCCACUGUCAGUCUGUUUGUGGUGAAUCUCUAUGGUCCAGCUCACACUCUAGAGAUGAUCCCUCCAGACUCUGUCAGGGCCAGAGACCGCUACAUCUCCAUGGUGACAUGGAUCRGCAGCACUCAGUUGGCGGUACGUUGGUUGAACCGGGCCCAGAACCAAUCAGAGCUCUGUGUGUGUGAGGCCACCACUGGGGCAUGCUCAAAGAAACACACAAUGGUCAUGGACUUAAUGCAAAACCAACGACAGGAGGUGCCAUUGUUUUCAUCUGAUGGCUCUUGGUUUUAUUUGACGUUGCCAGCCAAGCAGGGUGCCCGGGGGGAGUUCCGCCACAUUGCCAGUCUGCCAGCCCAGCCUGCCAUCCCCUCUGUCCCUCCUCGCUUUCUGACGUCCGGGAACUGGGAUGUCACUGUGCUGUGUGCCCUGGAUGAGGACAAUAGGAAAAUCUACUUCCUCAGCACAGAAGAAUCCAGACAGAGCAGACACCUGUACAGUGCRGACUUUGAAGGGAUCUUCCAACGCCAGUGUCUGACCUGCAACCUUCUAGAUGACUGUAGCUUUUUCAAAGCAGUGUUCAGCCCCAAUCAGACAUAUUUCACACUUUAUUGCCUAGGCCCCGGAGUCCCCAAGGUGACAGUACACAACACGAAGGACCCCUCCAGUGAGUCUGGAUACAUAGUUCUGGAGGACAACACACCUCUCUCUGAGACCCUAGAAGGGAAGAGACUCCCAGAGACGGUCUUCAAGACCCUCGCAGCUGACAACCAUGAUCUAYACCUGAAGCUGUCUCUGCCCCAGGGUUAUGAGGCCCACCUUCUCCCUCUACUCAUCAUUGUGGACGGAGUUCCAGGCAGUCAGUCGGUGACGGAGGAGUUUACUAUGGGAUGGCCUGAGGUGCUCGCCAGCAMACAUGACAUGGCGUUAGCCUGGGUGGAUGGAAGGAGUGGGGUCGGCCGGGGGCAGAAGAUUAGCAGUGUGGAUCCCCGCAAGCUCAGCUCCCUCAGAGUCAAAGAUCAACUAGGAGUCGUAGAGUGGUUGAUGCAAUUGCCUUACAUUGAUGAUCGGCGGAUUGCCCUGUAUGGCAAGGCAUUUGGUGGUUAUUUAUCCCUCAAGAUGCUAGCUGCGACUGAUCAGCUGUUUAAAUGUGCAGCCGCUGUGGCUCCCAUAACAGAUUUCAAACUCUACAGUGCUGCCUUCUCAGAGAGGUAUCUAGGUCUCCCAGCAAAGGAGGAGCACACUUACCUGACGGCAUCUGUAUUGGAAGAUGUUCACAAGCUUAAAGACGAGAAUUUCCUCUUACUGCAUGGGACUGCAGACGCACGGGUCCACUUCCAGCACAGUGCAGAGCUCCUGAGCCGCUUGGUGAAGGUGGAGGCCAACUACUCCCUGCAGCUGUACCCAGACGAGGGCCACAUCCUGAAGGAGCGGCGCAGCAUCCAGCAUUCCCAACGGACCUUGGUGCACUACCUCCAGACCUGCCUGAGACACAACCCCCUCCUGGCCUCCAUAGAGGAGCCAGAUGAGGAUGAGGAGGACGACUGAGUACUCCCACCUCUGGUACUGGAGAAACAUACUGAGAAGUGACGACUACUCAAAGUCAGACUACUACUAAACACUAGUCUCUUCCCACAGCCACUGACUAGACACAAGAGCACGGGAGUGUGGACCAAGAAUAUCAGAUCACAGCCUACUGUUAUCAGUUCACAGCAACUUUGGAAAUAUACAAUUUCUUCCCAACA